UAAAAACCGUGGAAUCAGUGUGCGCAAAAUUGGGGGCUGUUUGUGAAUCAAGUUUCAGUGAAAUACCCCUCACGUGACACAUUGAGUGAAGCAGCAGCUACUUGUAAAUAUAUACAGUGUAUAUAGCGAUGAGCACACAGAAUCGUUCAGGAGGCGGCGGCGGAGGCCCCAAAGCCAAGAAGGGCGGAAAUCCAGCCUCGAGCGGUGGAAAUGAUGGGAAUACCAACAAGAAAACAGACCAUGCAAAGACAGAGAAGGAGAAGCCACAUGCAAAGCCGACUGCUGAACAGAUACGGAUUGCUCAGAUAACGGACAUCAAGGGCGGUGGUGUGGAGGAUGCAAAGAUGCAGGAGAAGGUUGCAAGCAUCAUGGAAACAACUCAGCGCUCCGAGGAGGAUGUCUGUUAUGCUCUCUAUGAGUGUGACAAUGACCUCGAUAGGGCUGUAAUCUUCCUUCUGGAAACCCUCACGGAGGAUGCGUUUGAGAAGACGUCCAAGAAGAAGUCGAAGAAUCGCACGUUGUCCACCAAUAAUAACAAUGACGGUCAGGAUGGGGAUUGGGAUGCGAAUAGUACACCAAAUACCCGUGCUGGGGGUCAAGGUGGCGGUGGUGGUGUGUCGGAUAAGGAGCGCUCACGCAGCCGUGGCGGGAUGCGUGGGAGUCGUAUGGGGUCGGAUAGUCGCGGGUGGCGCGGCAGGGAGGCACGUGAGAAUGAACGGAAUGCUGCAGAUAUGAAAGGGGGCGACGGAUGGCGUCCCGGUCGUGGGGGACGCAGCGGCAAUGGGCGUGGUGGCUAUGGUGGCUCACGCGGUGGACGUGUUGGGCGACUUGGACGUGGUACGGGGUCCCGGGACCAGGGACGGGGCUUCUCACGUCAGCCGGAUAAUCUCGAGACUGUUGACUUAUGGGACAAUAGUCAGGCCAACACCACCGAAGUUAAGGCUGAUGACACCUGGGGAGACUGGGACAAUGAGGAGUACACUGGCUCAUUGGCCGAUAGCAAAGUAUUCACGCCGAGUGCGUCGUCUCAGCCGUCAAUGUCGGCAACGAGUGAAUUGGCGGCACCACCGGGAUUGGAGCAGCAAAUUCUCAAUCCCCCAUCGGCGCAUGCAGAUGAUUUGGUGGUGGGUGUGCAACAAUUUGCAGGUGGAACAGUUGUGUCCAGUACAACGACAGCAGCUGUUGUUGCGGGUACGGCGGUAAUUAAUAACAACAAUACAGUGCAGUAUCCGGAAUUGGGGACAGCAGCGGCGCAAAUUCGUCAGGCACUCGAUAUGCCCCAAAUGAAUUCAUCCACCUUGUCGGCUGAACAAUCUCAAUACUUCAAUUCUCUCUCGUCGCAGAAUUCCAGUCAAACGGCAAAUGUCAAUUCAUAUCAGCCGGCCUCAGUGCAAUAUCCUGCGGCUUAUGGUGCGAAUAGUAGCUUUGGGGAUACAGUUUCGUCCCAGCCGGCUGUGCGUAAGACACGCGCAAGGGUCCCACCACCAUCGAAAAUCCCAUCGUCGGCUGUUGAAAUGCCCGGAGAUACAUUGAAUAAUAUUGGUUAUUUGGAUGUACAAUUUGGUGGUUUGGACUUUGGCACGGAGGAUUCAUUUGAUACACUCACGGAUAAGUUCAAUACAACAUCACUGGAUUCAGCUGCGAGUGGUGUAUCGAAUCCUGGGGAUGUCUCGUCGGACUAUCAAUCAAAGAAUUCUCAGCAAUCUCUCACGGCGGGAUUGCAAUCAUCACAGAUGAGAACGGCCAAUUCCGUGUCACAAUCAUCGGGCUCAGUGAACAAUAGCGGUGUGAAUGUGAUCAAUAAUAGUGCAGGGAGCGGUGCUAGUGGGGGAUACCAAGUGCCGUAUACGAAUAAUACGCCAUCAAAGGGACCCACGUCGUAUCAGGCAUCGGGCACAGGGCAAGGUGGCUACAGUAAUACCAACUACGCCAGCACCCAGGUUUCAUCGACAAAUAGCUAUCCACCGACCACGAAUUCGUACAGUUCGUACAAUCAGAACACGGUGAACUCGUACCAGAGUCAGAAUAGUGCGAGUAACGUGUCGGCUGUGAAUAAUUCCGGCAAUGCAUCGAACAGCAGCUCCACGUCCAGUAUCCCCGUUGGUAGUACUGGCGUGGGUAAUAGUGCAAGUAGUGCGACCGGCAGUACUGGGGGUUACCUCUCCAGCCAGUAUCCUGUGACACAAUCGUCAUCCGUCUUUCCAUCACAACCGAGUGCUUAUCAAAAUAGCCCGAGUGUGUAUGGAAAUACAACGGGUAGGUACACGGGAAGUACAAAUACGUCCACGGCACAGUACAGUAAUUUCACAAGUACGAAGCUGAAAGAGAAUGCUGCCACAACAAUCAGCACACCGUUUGAAAGCGUUACUUCCAGCGCAGUUUCAAGUAGUGCACCGAGUGCCGUGAGCAAUUCUACCGUGACUACGAGUAGUAUGAGUUCACCAUCACUGGGAAUGACCAAAGUGACAAGUGCAACAACCAAGAGCAGUGGUGUUAUACCGAAUAUUCCAAUGGUCAGCCAGUACAUACAGACUGCAGGGGUGCCCUUCUACCAGCCACCCGUCUAUGCAACGUACGAUGAGUUGCAGAUGAUGCAACAGAGGAUGCCGCAUGUGCAACCUGAAUAUUACAACCUCAAUUAUCAGACCCCAACGAGCCUGGGUGCUGGAGUUAGGGAUGCAAAUUUAGGUUCUGUGGCAGCAUAUUCGACGAUGUCAGACGGACGGUUCACGAGGACAGACAAUAAUUCUAGUCCUGUUAGUAAUGUGCCCAGUACAAUGUCACAGCAAACGGGAUCCGGUGGACCGAUGAUGAAUGUUCCUUAUGCUUACUUCUACGGAGGAGUUCCGGGAAGUUUCCAAUAUGGAAUGUAUCCGCAACAAAUGGCAACGGCAAGCGCCACAUCUGGUGGUCAAUUUGCAAAGCCAUCGUACAAUAGUGCGUACGGAUCGACGGCAUACGAUGCAUUGAGCCAAUCGACGCAAGAUUACAGCAAGAAUGCCUAUCCGGGGUCGGGUGUUGGGCAACAGUCCAAGGGGCAGAAUGUCAAUAAUCCACCACAAGCUGGAACGGGUUCGGAUAUUUCGUCGUCAAUGUACAGCAAGGGUCAUGUGGCGCUCAGUAAAGUUAAUUCCUAUGACAAGCAGUCUUUCCAUUCGGGAACACCGCCACCAUUCAACUUAGCCGGCACCCAGACGGCUGGAGCAACAUCAGCUCAACCGUAUGGCAUGUACAUUCCGGCAAUUCCGCCACCCCAUCACAAUUUAAACAUGCAUCAGCCAAUCCAUCAGGAUUUAUUUUUUUAAAUCACAUGUCAACGACAAUGCCAAAACUCAAUGGUAUUUUUAUUUGAGAGCUGUGUGUUGUUCCCUUUUAUUUUCUCUUGUGAAGGAUUAAUGAAAAGAAACGUGCUGGAGAGAAUUUCAAUGUGAUAUGAAAUUAAUGAGAAGAAAAAAUAUUAAAAUAAAAGAAGAUAAAUUCGAUAAACAACAAAAAUGAUGCAACAUGUUGGAGGAAUAAAUGUUGGAAAAAAAUUCAUGUGAAAUAAUUAAUAAUAAAGGAAUGAUGUUGCUGAUAAAAGAAAUAUUUAUUUUUUGAAAAUUCUGUAAAAGUAAAAAAAAGGAAGUUUUUUUUGUGUCAAGAAUUAAAUGAGAAAAAGAAAUGUAAAGAAAAUUAAUAAUUGAAUAAUUGAUUUUCUUAAAAAAAUGUAUUUUAUCUCUGUUUCAUAAUUUAUUUAUUUUGUUUUCUUUUUUUUAUCACAAAUAUAUAGUUUUUUCCUAAUUCUCAGCAAAUUGUGUUUGAGAUUUAUUUUAUGCGUAUGAAGAUAGAUACAAAAAAAAAGAAAUGAGAAUGAUUUAAAAAAUAAUUAGAUGCAUGAUUUUUAUUGAAAUGUAGAUUUUUUUAAAAGUUUAUUUAAAAUCUGCCGUAGUUAUUUUGCAUAAAUGCUUUUUGUAGGAAAAUUUAUUUUUUUUUAAUUCAAUUGAAUUAGUAGGUGAUACAGCAUUGUGGAGUGUAGGAGAAUAUAGUAUUCCUGAUUUAUUUUCUUUUUGCUUUUGAGUCUUCCAAAUCGGGUGGUUUGAUAAGCAGGAUAGGUACUGAAAGGAAAUAAAUUCUGCUAAAUCAGAUAGGGGAGAUCUAAGCGCAAAAACAGUCAGGUAUUGGUUGGAUAAAGCAUAAGGCUCUUUGUGAAGAAAUGUAGAGACCUUCUCCUUAGGAAAUAUGAUUUUUUGAGGUCUCAUUAAAACAUUACAUACUUGUUUUGUUAACCCUGAUGUGUCCUGAUUUUUUUUUGGAUCCUAUUCUAAGCUCAGUAUUUUUCUAGAAUUUCUUAAAGAAAAACUUAUGAAUUAGAAAGAAAAUUCAUCGAAAUUAAUUUUUUUCUUCAACUUUUGAUGUAUUUCUACAUCAUUUAUGAGUGAUUGGGGAAAAUUAUUCUAUAUUGAAGAGAUUAGAAGAAAUAUUAGAGGGAGAUUAGAAAAAUUCAGGACAAGAAAAGAAUUUGCGAGAUUCUAACUCUUUACCAUUUGAAGAGAAAGCAACUUGUUUUAACGAACCAUCGAAGAUAAGUUCUAGGUAUUGAAUGAAUUUAAUUUUUUUUGUAUUGAGAAUUUCUGGAAGAAAAUUAUUUCAAACAAAUGCAGAGGCUUAGAACUUAGAACGAUCUUUUCGAACCACCUUUUAGAAUUCAUAUAGAAUUUUCUUUAGAAAAUUAUUUGGCAAUGAUUCUUUGCAUUGAAAGCUUCGUAUUUUUUUUUAUUUCUUAUUGUCAAUCUCCUUAAUUUGAUUUUCUUACAAAAUUCGCGUGAAUGUGAAUGUUUUUUUGUUGUGUAGAAAUGUAGAUGAGAAGGGAAGAGGACGAUUCAACAUUAGAACAAAAAAAGGAAAGAAAGAGAAAAAAGAUUUUAGAAGAAAAAUCCGGCAAAUGUUGGAAAAUGUUUUUUUUUCUUAUUUGCUUGCUUUCAGGAUUCAAACAGCAGUGGUCAACGUCCACAGUCAAGCAGUCAGGGAAAAGCGUACUGGACGGCUCAAAAUUAAAUGAAAGAAAUUUUAUUUGAAGAAGAAGUUAGAUAGAAGAAAAAUCAUGAAAAUAGCACGGAAUUUUCCCUUUUAACUUCCCACAAAAUCCAAAUGAUACAAAAGAAGAAAUGAAGAAUAUCUAUAAUUCUUUAUUUCUCUAAACCAAAAUCGCUGUACAUUUUUUUUAAUCUGAGCUAACAUAUUGCUAAGAUUGACGAGAAGUUUAUAUACUUUCAGAGAACUGACAAAAGGUCUUUAAAAACAGAAAUAAAAGAAGAAAUCUCAAGAAGAUAGAGAGAGAAAUAGGCGGAAAGAUUCAUUUUCAAACACUUUCUAUAGCAGUGACAGAGAAAUUCGAAGAAAAUGAAGAUUCUUUUUCUUUUUUUGAAAAGAAUAAAAAAAAAGUAGAAAGAGAAUUCAAGUAUUAUGUAAACAAUUUAUUAAAAAUAAAUAAAAAAAAGAGAUGAAAUGGGGAGAUCUUUUGAAAGAAUUUUUGAGAAGAAACUUUCCCUCCAGAAUGAAUUGAAUUUGAGUAAAAAACGAGCAAAGAAAUCACCAAAAAACACGCGAAAUAAGUUCUUUUGCAAAUGAGAUAAAAAAUAAAUAAAAGAAGAAAUUAAAAAUAAAUUAAAUACCUACCUACAUGCUCCUAAUACAACCCCUUUGAAAUAAAAUUAAAAAAAAACUAUGAACUAAAAACAUUUGUAGAACUUUUUUUGUUUGUUCUUUUACAACAUAAACACUGUGAACAGCAAAAAAAUUACCUUUGCAUAAAAAAAAGAAAAAUAAAUGAACAUAAAAGCCAGAAAAAUUGCGGUGGAAGUGCUUCUAAUUAAAAUGAAAUUAAAAAAAAAACUGAAAUAAAGUGUAUUUGAUUAAUUUUUAUUUAAUUGAGUACCAUAUUCGAGGCAAGAAGUGGAGAAUGAACAGAAAAAAAAAUAUUUAGUAGGAAAAUGGAUCACUAAUGAUAUAAAAAAAUUCAUUAUAUAAAAAUAUAUAUAUUAAAGAAAAAACAAGUAGAUAAAAAAGUGGGGGAAAUAAUAGAAAUGAGGAGAUAAAAUUGCAUUAUAGCAAUUUCAAUUAAUCCCCUUUCAAAAAAUGUUUUAAUUUCUCUUAAAUAAUUAUAUUAUUAUAUACAUAUUAUUUUAAAACAAAUAUUAACUUUAAUGUGCUAAACAAAAAACACUUAAUUUAAUAAAAAAAGAAAAGAAAAAUAAUGAAAAAAAGAAAAUCUUACGAUUUAAAAAUAACUAUUUAGUGGAAAUAAUAAAAAAGUAUAAAAACACACACACAAUUUUACUAUGGAGAUGAAAUUAUUAUAAAACUAUAAUUAUUAUAAUAAAAUUGAUAUAAUAGAGACAAAUUAAAAGAAACCCAGAAAAAAAUAUUAAUGAAAAUAAACACUUUAAGAAAAAAAAUUGUAUGGGAUAUAUUAGUGAGAAGAAAGAAGAAGAAAAGUAAAAAGAAUUCUUGAGAAAAAACACGUUUUUUUACUGUUUAUAAAGAAAAUAUAAAUAGAAUCAGAUACAUUGAAGUAAAAAAAAAUAAUCUAAAAAAUAUUAAUUUAAAAGAAAAAACAAUUACGUGGAAACUGGAAAGAUAAAAAAUUAAUGUGUAAACGUUUCAAAAAAAUGAACUUUUUAGAAGUAUAAAAAAGCUGCAUUUUAACUCUCUCUCUCUAGACGGAGCAAGAAGCUAAAGAAAAAAAGGAGAAUAAAAUAUUUGUGGAGAAUUUAAUAAUGUGAGAACGAGAUAAGAAGAUGGUAUAUUACAAACAAAAAAAAUUACACGUGAGAGAAUUUUUUUCAUUAUGGAAUGACAAGAUAAAAUAAACACAGAGAAAGACUUGAGGAAA